GGAUACCACAAGCCCCAAAAGGGAGUGAACUGCUUCCAGAGCGCAGGAAUCCGGUGAUGUAAAUUUGCCGAAAGUCAGGAAUUAUGUGGAUUUUACAGAAAUUCCUCGUCGCUUUUUAUUCCACUCCAAGCGAAAUUUGACAUUUCUGCUGGCGUACGCCGAGUCCACCUCCUCCGCGGCUCUGACCCGCUCCGGCUGGCGGCGAACGAAUUUUGUGGCGAGAAGCGAAGAGGAAGGGAGGAAAAAAAACUACUGAAUUCCGAAAAACAUGGAGACAAGGAGGGGAAGGAGCUGACUAAAUGACUAAAGAGCAAGUUUUCCAGCUCCGGAGCGCCGCAGGAAAACAAAGCGGGAGUCGGCGUUAGUCGCGCGCGCGGUGGACGGCGUUUCGGUUUUUGAACAUGUCGUUAUUUUGCCGUUAGCUCGGUAGCGAAGCCGUUCGGAGCGGAGCCGCUGGGUCUGCACGGCUCUGCGAGCUCGAGCUAGUUGACAUCAAAGGGCUCUGAAGUUUUUCUUUCCUGCCGAUUCCCUGUGCCGCGGGGAAAAAGUAGCUGCGGAAUUUGGGAGUUUGGGAAUUACAGAGCAGCGGCCGACUUGGUGAAUGUUUUGAAGCAGCGACUGGCUCUGCAGUUUAUACAAAGGAGAGUGACGAACUAGACGCAUUCUUUCUUUCGGAGGGGGGAAAAGUCCCAUGCCGUUCAAGCGUCCGAGUGAGAGGCCUGAACGGAGCGAGGGACGAACGACGGGCUUCAUCGCUUCGGCUGUUCGUUCAGGAGGUGGUGCGACACAUUUACGCAUUUUCUCAGUAUUAUUGUUGUUAUUGUAGCUACAGGCGAACGUGUGGCUAAUAGUGUAAGUUGGGCGUAAGGCUUCAGUUUGGGAAUGCCGUGAGGGGAAUUACAGGGAAGGGAAGGCUAUGAAGGAACCUUCAGGAGAAUAGACGGAUAUAACUCAGAGUUUCACUGUAAAGCCACACGAAAACAGAUAGGCUAGCUUAGCUAACUACCUCUAGUCUCUGUGGUGUCGACAAAGGCUGCGGUGUCUGGCCAGGAGUGAGGCAAAGCCUGUGGUGUAAUGUGGUGGCAUUCGCCUUGAGGGCAAGUCCCAGAACUAUGAGCUACAUUUACUGCAAGCCUUUCACUUUAAGGCGACUAACAGACAUGAAGGUGUUUGUAUGACUGGCUCGCUCUUCAGCCUGAAUGCCUUCGUCUUUCCUCUCCACGCCUGUGGGAAAACUCUAAUGACACAGACUACUAAAACGAAGACCGAGUGGAAUUUUGCCUGAAAUAAACUCUUUUUUCUCCAUCCACGAGGCCACUUUUCCAUACAUUUCCCGACGCACUGGUUGGAUUGUACUGCCCACCCCAAACUUCGUUGUUUUUGGACGGACGAGGGUGUUUUACCUCGGUAAAAUGCUAGUUGGAUAAGAGCUGAAGAAAACCAAGAAACAGAAGCCCAAUGAGCGGCUCACAGUCCACGAUAGCUGACAGGUUUCCCAAAAAACCAACCAGGACAGGAAGUAUUCUCAGGAAGGACCACCCACCAGACAAGAAACCCAAGAGUGACAAAGUGUCAGCACCCCCCUCACAUGAGUUUGACCCCACAGGCCUAGUUCAGCGGUGUGUUAUCAUCCAGAAAGAUGAGAGUGGCUUCGGGCUAACAGUGAGCGGAGAUAACCCUGUAUUUGUGCAGCUUGUCAAAGAAGAUGGAGCUGCUAUGCGAGCAGGUGUUCAGACGGGUGAUAGAAUUAUUAAGGUCAAUGGGACAUUAGUAACACAUUCAAAUCAUGUAGAAGUUGUGAAGUUAAUAAAAUCGGGCUCGUAUGUGGCUCUGACAGUGUUGGGUCGCCCCCCGGGGAUGCCACAGAUCCCCCUGUCGGAGGGUGAGGGUGAAGGCGGUCUCCUGUCGGCUCUAAGCUCCCCUCACUCUCCCGGACCCAUCGCUGCAGAACGCUCCUCAUCAUCAUCCACCACCAGCCCCUCUGAUCGCAUCACAUCACCACUGCCUGAUGAGAACAGUCCACUUCAUAAUCAGAAAGUGGACAUCUUACAGAAGAUGCUGACCAAGGAGCAGCAAGAAUUACAGGCUAUGAAAGAGGAGUACAGCAGGAACCCUACGCCUAAACUACUGAAGGAAAUCCAGGAAGCAAAGAAGCACAUUCCAUUACUCCAAGACCAACUCAGCAAGGCCACCGGGGCUGGACAGGAUGGCUCCUUUUCUCCAAGGCCUGGUGAUGAAGUGGAGGAGGGGGGAGGGAUAGGAGAUGUGGAUUCUCCUUUGCCCUGGCAAAUAGACUCCACCACAGAAACAGCCUGGAGCAACAGUACAACACCAGUCACCCUGAAUCCUGUCCCAGAAAGCCCGUACCAAAGAGAGACUCCAUGCCACAGCCCAAAGACUCCCCGAGACAGCUUCAAUUCCUGCCCUUCUCCUGAUGCUGAUGACACACCCGACCUAGACUCCAACUUCCAGAGCAGCAUAGGUAGCCCCUCCUCUCGCCUGGCGCCGCAGAUCAUUGGUGCGGAGGAUGAUGACUUUGACACUGAGCAGGAGCAGAUGAAUGGCCAGUGUAGCUGCUUUCAAAGCAUAGAGCUGUUGAAGGCUCGGCCCGCUCACCUCGCAGCCUUCCUGCAUCAUGUGGUCUCUCAGUUUGACCCUGCACCUCUGCUUUGCUACCUCUACGCCGAGCUCUACAAGCAGAGCAACUCCAAAGACACACGGCGACUGUUCAUAGACCUCCACACAUUCUUCAUGGACAGAACAGCGCACCUGAAAGUAGCAGUGCCAGACUCUAUCUCAGCUGAUCUGGAUCGGAGGAGGCCUGAACUGAUCCCAGAAGAGAUUCAAAAACAGUAUGUGCAGCAGUUACAGGACACACUUCUCCUUGACAUUCAGAAACACCUGGAGGACUUCAGGCAAAAGCGCAGUAUGGGCCUGACCCUGGCCGAAGCAGAGCUGACACGGCUGGACACUGAGAGAGUACGAGACCGUGUGGCUCUGGAGAGAGAACGGUCCUGUGCGGAGCAAAUCAUCUUAAAGAUUGAGGAAGUCCUAAUGACGUCACCGGCAACAGAGGAGGAGAAGUGUAACACCAUGCAGUAUGUCAUCCUGUCCUAUAUGAAGCACCUUGGGGUGAAGGUGAAGGAAUCUCGGGGGCUUGAGCACAAACCUAAGCGUAUGAACUUAUUCCCCAAAAUCAAGAAGACCAUUAAACAGGAUAAAGAUGGCGGGGCAGAGGAGAAAGUGAAAAAGCCUCGCUUUCCCAGCAUUCUUGGCCAACGGUACAGCAGAAUCGAUCCUACCCCAGUUAACAAAGCACUGGAGCAGGCCAAGCCGCGGCCGGUAAAGCAGCAGUCUCAGCCGGCUCUGGGUUUACCGGAGCAGGUUGACUCCUUAACUGCUAGAGUGCGGGGCAGUCAGGCCAGCGAUGGGACGGACAGCAGUUCAGCCUUCAUCAGCUCUCCUCCCCACAGCGCCCCUGCCACACAGGGCUCAGACACCAGCCUCAAAGACACAGAGUCAGGUGGAGCUCCCUUCUCAGCAGCACCGAGACUGGGAGAGGGUGCUCUGUCAGGUGAAGGUCAGGACUCCUCAUCCUCAGGAACGCACUUUGACUUCAGUUCCUGCGGUCCGGACCACCAGCCAGAGGAGGAGCCUGAAAUAGAUCGGAAUCAGGAAGAAGGCACGCCCCGGCUGCUGAGGAGUAGGAUGGAGCCUCUGAGUUCAGGGGAAGUGCAGAGUGAGGAUGAUCAGGGGGCCGAGGUGGAGCAAGAGCAAGACCCUCCUCACUGGCAGACACUCGUCAGCAGAGACAUCCUCGCACUGCUGCCCCCACAUGAGAUCAAGAGACAAGAGGUCAUCAAUGAGCUGUUCUACACGGAACGUGCACAUCUGAGGAUGCUGAAAGUCCUGGAUAACGUAUUCUACCAGAGGAUGACCAGAGAGGCCAUCUUGCCCCCCACAGACAUUAAAAACAUUUUCACCAACCUGGAGGAGAUUGUCCAUCUGCACAUGUCUAUAACGGAACAAAUGACAGCUAUUCGGAAGAAGAACGAGACAGCAGUCAUGGAUCUUAUAGGAGAUGAUCUUUUGUCCUGGUUCAGUGGAGCCGAAGAAGAGAAAAUCAAACAGGCAGUGGGAACGUUUUGCAGUAACCAGCCCUUCGCCCUGGAGCUCAUAAAGAGCAGGCAGAAGAAGGACCAGCGCUUUGCUUCAUUCGUACAGGAGGCAGAGAGCAAUCGGCAGUGCCGUAGACUUCAACUAAAAGACAUCAUUCCUGUGGAGAUGCAGAGACUGACCAAAUAUCCUCUCCUGCUUGAGAACAUCGCCAAAUACACUGAGGAUGUAGAGGAGAAGAGCAAGGUUAAACGAGCUGGCGAAUGCUGCCGGAAGAUUCUGAACCAUGUCAACCAGGAAGUGAAAGAGGCUGAGAAUAAACAGAGGUUAGAGGACUACCAGAGAAGACUGGAUCUCUCCUCACUGAAGCAGAGUGAACUUCCCAUGAUUGCUGAAUUUAAGAACCUCGACUUGACCAAAAGAAAAAUGGUGCAUGAGGGACCACUGUCUUGGAAAGUGAACAAAGACAAGACAAUUGAGCUGUACACACUCCUGCUGGAGGAUAUCUUGGUGCUAACGCAGAGGCAGGAUGAGAAGCUAAUCUUGAAGUGCCACAGUAAGAACCUGGCAGGCACUGCUGAGACCAAACACACCUUCAGCCCCAUCAUCAAGCUCAGCACUGUGAUGGUGCGCUCUGUAGCUACCGACAACAAGUCAUUCUUUGUACUGUCCAUGUCGGACAAUGGAGCACAAAUCUACGAGCUGAUGGCUCAGACCGUGUCUGAGCAGAGAACGUGGCAGUGUCUCAUCACCCAGAGAGCAGAGAGUAUGAAGAGACAGCAAUUGAAUAACAUUUCAUUACCUCAGACUGAUGGUGAGCGCGAAGCUGUUGAGAUGAUAAAUUCAAGUGUGCCGAAAAUGAACAAAGAUCCAGAUCGCAUCUCCACUGGAAGCAACCAGUCCCCAGAAAAAGAUGCCACCUCGUGUUUGGAGAUAAUGCCAGCCCCUUCAGCAGGAACCAACCCUUUUGAGACCAAGUCUGACGAUGAAGAAGAGGCAGAGGGUUCCCUGCAGGUUCAGAAUGAUGAUGAUGAGGAGGAGGAGGAAGAGACCUUCCUGGAUGCCGAACUGGUCAACAAACUUCCGUUCAUGAAGCAGCGCUCGCGGCAUGCCAUUGCAAUAGAAGAGAAGGACUCUGAGGUUUUUGAUCUGCCUCCACUGAUGGCAGAUGAAGCACUCCGAAACUUGGCUGCUCUGAGGCAGCUCCUGAUCAAUCACAUGGCCAGUCAGGAGGAGGCAGAAAGAGACAGAGAAAGAGGAGAGGUUCGAGAGCGUGAGCUGAGGACAGGCUCUCAGCAGGGUCCAGAGGACCGUGCUGCCCCCAGUGGCGCAGUCGAGAACGGUGCUGAGAAGACAGAGACCAGGCCAGAAAACACUCAGGAGCUGCCCUCUGGAGAUACAGGCUUCUUUGAGACUUCAGAGGACUAUGCAGGAAGUUACAUGGUGCUGGAGGGUUAUGGUGGCUCGGGUGAGAGCAGUACUGAUGAUGAUGUUCAGGGCAGCAACAUUGAGCCGACAGCAGCGGGAGACUCCGGCAUUGACCUGAAGAAGCUCCUUUCCUCCUCUUCCUCACAGAGCGGAGGACCCAACCUCAGCAGACAGGUCAUGACCCACUUACGCCUGCUCCAGGCCAACCUGCAGCAACUGAAGGAUGUAGAAACUAAAUAUAACCAGCUAUGCCAAAAGCACCCAGAGGAAGCAGCUACUGACUCAGAAGAGAACAAAGAUAAAAGCUAGUGUUUCUGGACCUGUGGACUGCUGGAUGUACAGAAGGUGCAGAAUCGUUAGGAAAGUGCAGUAGUCCUUCUACUCCAAGCUCAACACACAUGCCUCUUAAAGCAUAUCAGUCGCCACACUCGGGCAACGAUUUCCCCCUUCCCAAUCCACCCACACACUUCUGAAAAUAUUUUCCCAGCACAUCCAGGGCAGGAAAAAAAAGAUGGUAUUAAGACGUUCCAUCACCUCUCCAUCUACCAGCUGUUUAUUGGAGUUGUGGAUAUUUAGAUUGAACAUUCCACUUCCUGUCUGCAUGCACCGUCAGCCCUUUUAAAUUCUCCAAAAACUCGUAGCGCAAAUCCUCCUUCUGAGUCAACACUGUGUUUGGACUGAAACGAAGGGAAGAGAGGAUGAUGGCAGGAUAUUGCCGUGGAUAAACUACAGCCUGAGCUGGCACUUCCCCUGUUCUACUGAGAUUUCACUGGUUGUUAUUUGAGGGAAAAGAUGAACCGAUGGUCCAAAAUGUGUCUCAUUGCUGACUGGAUGAGAUUGGGUUUGAUAUUAUAGCCAAUAAAUAUACCAGGUGUAGUUUUGAGGUUGUUUUUUAGGCCUUUAGCUAAGCCUUAGACCUCAGUUUAAAAAAAAAAAAAAAAAAGGACUAAAUCUGAUGUGUGAAAUGUCCUUCAUAAGGACUGCCUAAUACCACAGCCUACUAGUUCAUUCCUUAUUGUGUAUGGAUAUGAAUGUUAAUGCAUGGUUGUGAGGAACAGUGAUGCAAUACUGCCACCGAAAUAUGGAGUUAAAAUGCCUAAAAUUGGACCACUAGUCAUUUUAUUUAAGUACAGGGCAAAGCAGUUCCCUUGAGGCUUUAGCUCAUAGGAUAAUGCUAUUAGUUCAUUAAAGCUCAACCACAUAUGCUAAAACAGCUAGCAAUGAAUGAAAGCAUUUACUCAAUGCUGAUUGAGUGCUAUUCACUUUUCACUGUUAGCAACGCUAGCCUUUCUGACUGUUCCGUAACAGGAGUGGCUGUUAAUUCCCACAAGGCCUAAAAUCCAGGUUCUUUCUUAUAAAAGUAAAUUAGCAUUUUUUGCGGUUUAUAUAUAAAGGGUGUAACACAAUCCUUUCUACUCCCAAUAAAAGUGAAGGGCCAAGAUGAAGAGGACUGUAUUGUACUGCUGUUACUGGGUGUAGGGAUAAAGUCUAAAUGUCAGUAUAGAAGCUGUUACAGUUCACAGUUUGGAGCGCCUCACCUUGAACUUCGCUGAAGGGACAUUUCAAUCUCCUCCCCAAUAACCUGAAGCCUUCGUCUCUUAAGCUUUUGAAACUGUAUUUAUCGUCGUCUGCGGGCUGCCCGUCUUCUCUCCACUCUACCACAUUCUAUUGAAUGAAGCUACUGAAAAUCUCUGGCAUAUCAGCAAUGACCACGAGAAAACCAGACUCAUCCUCAUCAUCAGAGGUUGAGGCACUAUAUACUGCUAUUGUGUAACCCAACCCAAACUGAAGUCUUAUUGGAUUAUCACGUGGAUUUGUUUUUUUUUUUCUGGAAUUUGGGAAUGAAGUUAUAUGAAGAAAAAAGCUUCAGAAAAGAAUGCAAGGACUUGAUUAGACCUUUUAGUGGUCUAUUUUUACGUGUAAAGUUGUACAAUUAUGACCAACACUGCAUCUCUUACAGAGACCUAAUUCCUUGUUUUUUUGUGUUUUUUCUUCUGCUUUCUACAUCAUAUGAGUCAUUGUAUUAUUUUAACAGAAACUACUAAAAAAAAAAAAAA